GUUUUUGUUGUUUUUCGAAAACGUAGCAUGCAAUGAUUUUUAUUACAUUACUCGUACAUAUUUUUGUGCCUGAGGUGUACAUUAUUGUGUAGCUGAGACAAUUUUUGCAUUAGUGAUAAAAGCAUAAGCAGUGGCAAAGAGUUGGACAAGUUUACCGUUGGGUAAAUUGUUGAAGUACUUCAAUAGGAUUUCGUUUCAUUGUCAUUACAAGAUAACUGCGCAUAAGCACAUUGUUGUGUUGGGUUUGUUGUGCGAAAUCUGUGCGCCUGCGCUCUUCCUGGAAUAACAUGUGGGCGUAAGCCCGCGAUUGUAUUCGCAUUGGUUAUAAAAAUAGCUGAAACCAAAAAUAAAAAAUUUCCUCUGCCAUGGCCACGAAAGAUGACGCAAUCAAUCUUGAGGAGCAGUUCGUGGACACAGUCGAAGAAGGCGUCGUGGGGGAAGUGGUCAGUUCGAAUGAAACUAUUGCCAUUUCGAAUAGCAAAGCAUUGGACUAUGAUUCGAUAAACGCGGAAGCAGAAAGCCCAGCAACUACGGAUCUGAAGCCAGUGGAUCUGGAGGAUGGUGAAGUCGUGGGUGUGGAUGAGAAAACUGGAAUUAAGUCGAUGCCUAUAUGUCGCUUCUACAUGCGCAAUGCCUGCACUUGGGGCUCCCUUUGUCGCUUUCAACAUCCGGGCGAUACGGUACAGGAUGGCAACAACCACACGUCCGAUCGGACGCCAAUAGCACAGCCCAUCUAUAACUAUGCUGGCAACGUUCAAGCGUAUGACGUGGCCUACGGUUGGACCCCUUAUGAUGUGUUGAAUACAUCCUGGGAUCGGAAUCUACGUACGGUCAAGCAACUGUUGUAUCGCAAUGGAGCUCCUAUGCCUGUGACUGAUAUGGCGUGUUAUAUGCACCCUUCCUUGCAAACUAUGCCACGAUAUGAACGUGGCCAUUACCAGCCAGGGACUCAGCCGCAACCAGAAACGCUGAAUCCGUCCAAUUCUCAAUUUCCUAUGCAUGAUCUGGAUAGGGAUCCAUAUUACUCACAGUCUUGGGCAUCGCCACCACGCCAGUGUGAGCGAGCCCCCUUAUUGCCAACGCCCAUAUUUCCGCCCCAGCCACAAAUGCGUUACGCACCGCCGCUGCGCAGUCCCGUGGCGUAUGGUCGUAGCAACCGACUGCCUUUCGUGCCACGCGCUAUUAAUGUGGAGCGACGCAUGUGGACCAGCCAACCAGCCUGGAUAUCACCAGUGCGCUGCCCUUACCGACCACGCAUCAGUCGCAGUCCAAGCAGCAAGAGAUCCAGCAGCCCAGUCAGUCGACGUUCAGAUCGCCGUCGCCGGCGCCAUCGUCAGCAAAAUCGAGAGGAGACUCCAAAUACACCAUCACACGCAUUCAACCGUUCACCGACUUGCUCAAGCAAGAGCAGUGCCACCACGAGUUGCAGCAAACAACCGAGCAACCCCACUGGACGCCGUUUCGGCCUGCGUCACUAUCGUCAACACCAGCGACGCAAGCUCGGCAAGGCUGGUCUAUUGGAUCGCUCCGAGUCUCCAAGGCCAAAAACUUCACCGUUAACGUCACGUGAACGCAAGCGCUCGCCAUCUUGUUCUACAAAGAGCAGUGAGACAACGGUCUGUAACAGAAAAGCCAGCAGUCCUGUGGGGCGUCGUUUCGGCCUUCGCCACUACCGCCAACACCAGCGACGCAAAUUGGGUAAAGCUGAUCUUUUGAAGAGUGCAGAAUCCUCAAAGCCGGAAACUCCAACGCCACAGGAACGGAGGCGCUCGCCGUCUUGCUCCUACAAGAACAGUGAUGCAACGGCUUGCAACAACAAGCCCAGCAGUCCUCUGGGGCGUCGUUUCGGCCUUCGCCACUACCGCCAACACCAGCGACGCAAAUUGGGUAAAGCUAGUCUUUUGAAGAGUGCAGAAUCCUCAAAGCCGGAAACUCCAACGUCACAGGAACGGAGGCGCUCGCCGUCUUGCUCCAACAAGAGCAGUGACGCAACGGUUUGCAACAACAAGCCCAGCAGUGCUGCUGGGCGUCGUUUCAACCUUCGCCGCUACCGCCAACACCAGCGACGCAAAUUAGGUAAAGCUGGCCUUUUGAAAACUGCAGACUCCUCAACAAAAAAUUCGCCUCCAAACAAGCGCAAGCGUUCACCGUCGGAGCCGCUACUACGUGUACGUGGUCCUCGGACGCCUUCCUACAGCCCGCCAAGCGACAAUGAAUCGUCGCAAGAUCGUGGUCGUAGCUGUUCAGCUAAGACGAUACGACGUCAGUUCCGUAGCCGAAGCAGCACGUCUAUUAACUCGUCAGGUUGUCGAGCUGGAUGCUCGCCACGUAAGCCAUGGAAGACCCUGUCCCUUAGUUCGGGAUCGGAGAAACGAUGCUCGAAGAAGAGUCCAGACGUUGCCAUUUCGGAUAAUAUUUUGCCUGAUUCGUCUAAGCCGGAGAGUGAGAUUCAAAAGCGGAAGGCACGACAGGAGUAUUUGUUAAUGAAGUUGCUGUUUGUGGAGGAGGAGAUAAAAAAGAAAAAGCAAAAUAUGAAACGGGAGCAGAAGCCAGCAAAGCCUGAGUAG